UUAUUUUAUACAGAUUCCACAUCAAUGAAGCUUCAGUUGUUUCCGCAGCAAUGUAACAAUGCUCUCGCGCUCAACAAUCUGCACACAUCGUUCUACCGCACCGAUUAAACUUCAUUUCGUUCGUAGGCAACGAACAGUUUCUCAAAAUUAUGAUGAAGCAACUAACACCGGAGAAAGCUAUCGAUAUCGUUUGGUUUGGCGUAGUUCUAUCUUUUUGUUGGCCGCUUCCUAGUAGCAGCAGCAUAGCACGAAUCGUUUGCUACAAAAUUCUGCAACUCUGUAGUGUUAUCAGUGCUUGCACGGUGCUCCUGGCUCUGAUGUAUUCGAUUUAUUUGCAUUCAGACGAUAUACUCAUUGUUUCCGAAUGCAUCUGCCUAUUUAUAGGUAUAAGCCAACUUGUGAUUCAGACCACCAUAUGUAUGAUCAAUCACGAUUCCCUACAAUACGUGGUCGAGGAGAUGUUGAACUGUGUUAAAGAGGCGCAACAAUAUGAAAAGGAAAUUUAUAACAAGCUUAUCGCAAAAUCCAGCAUCUUUUUUGGAAGCUCCAUGGUAUGUGUAUACAUCACCUCGACUGCAUUUUUAAUAGGACCUAUAUUCAUGCCAGUUCCCUUCCCAUGCGACGCGGAAUAUCCAUUUCGCGUUAAUGAUACGCCAGUGUAUGUUAUCAUAUAUGUGCAACAGUCUAUCGUCAGCUAUCAGUGCGCUGCACAUAUGUGUCUAAGCAUGUUUGGAGCGCUUUUACUUUGGUUCACGGCGGCAAGAUUCGAGUGUCUGGCCAUUGAAAUGAGAGAAAUUACAAAUACUAGUAUGCUGAUUGUUUGCGUUAAAAAACAAUUACAUUUGAAGAGGUAUGCAGAAGAAGUAGUUGGUAUUUUUCGUUUUAUAGUACUUUAUGCUGUAGGAGUAAGCACGUUUAUUCUUACUUUAUGUGGCAUUAUCUUACUCAUGGACACUCCACUAAUUGUGAAAAUGCAAUUUAUAGUUGUAUCUUUCACUGUACUCACCGAAAUUUAUAUAUAUACGUGGCCAGCCGAUUAUAUGAAAGAUAUGAGUAUACAUAUUUCUUGGAGUGCAUACGAUAUGACGUGGUAUAAACAGACGUUGAAGAUGCAAAAGGACUUGCUGACCGUGCUGAUAUAUCAAAAACCAAUAACUCUCUCUGUCAAAUGCAUAAUACCGGAGCUUUCUUUACGUUAUUAUUGUUCGUAUUUAUCUAAUGUUUUCUCCAUCUUCACCGCUUUGCGCGUUGUGGUUGAAAAUGAUUCAGAAUAAACACUUUCUAUAUGAAUAUUAUUCUCAGAUACUGUAUGUAACGUGUAAUAAUAUGUAAUGGUGUGUGUUUCUUACGAAUAAAAUCACAAUACAAGGCUUUGUAAUAAUGUAUUAGAAAAUAAAAUCAAUUGUUACAUAAUAAUUGAAUAUCUAAAUUCUACAACAGUUGAAUUAUUCGGUGUGUAA